GUCGGAAGAAGCUCGACAGUUCAAUCACCGAACGCCGCUGCGGGAGAGAGAGACCGGCUCUUGUUUAAAGAUCCAUUUGUACAGUAGCUUCUGCGAAGAGGUAUGGUGGAGAGGCGAUACCCGGACGAGCCUCCAUUAAAAUCCACACCACAGCGCAACAUUAAUAUCAUAUCUAGGACUAUCAUUUUACGGGAUAUGUGGGAGAGUUUAUCAAUACUCUUACGAGUUUAAGCUAUGUUUUUCUGGGAUGCUACGCUCUCUACCGCCAGCGCUCGCGCGAGAACGAGACCCAACUGACCCAUUAUCUCUCCUAUAUCUCUCUGGUCAUUGUGGGAAUCGGUUCCGCGGCGUACCAUGCAACAUUGAAGUACCCAUUACAGCUAGUUGAUGAUCUGUCCAUGUUGUUGGGUGCGGGCAUUAUGUUCCAUCAUGUCCUUACCAUCAAUCGCGGGACUGGAGAUCAAAUUCGACUGUUUCUCCUUAUCACUAUUGUUCUCUCGCUCGCAGUCUGGGCCCAUAUAAAAACGGGCGACUCAGCGUUGCACCAGAUCGUCUUCGGCAGCAUGGUUGUUACCGUUGGAUUCCGAACAUUCAAGCUUCUGAAAGCAAUGAUAUCCAGCCGGAAUAUGCGUUCGAAAUUACGGCGACUCGCGACUCGGGGAUAUUUGAUACUGAUCGUUGCGUAUGGCCUGUGGUUGAUCGAUGUCUUCGCCUGUCAACACCUGAGAGCUCUCAGACAUGCCAUCGGGAUUCCUUUGGCUUGGUUGUUUGAGCUCCACGGCUGGUGGCAUAUUUUGACCGCUACAGGCGUAUAUAUAUACAUGCUUCUCGGAGAAUAUCUCCAACCUGCUUAUCGUGAUCAGGAGUCAGGGGGAAAUGAUGGAUGGAUUUCAAUUUUGAAAGGUCCAUCCAAUGUCAAGCCAAAAGAGUCGAGGACAAACGGGUGCAUCAAGAAACUCAGUUGAUCGAACAUUGUCGGACUUUCCUUUCAACCCUGAGAAAUGCAAAGCUCCAUGUUGCGUGGUGGACAGCAGCUACUCUGUGAGAGCAUGAACAGUCUUAAUAGGAAAAUAAUUCGAA